AUGGGAAGGAGAAGUAGGUCAAAAUCCCCUUUUGGUUCAAGGAGACGAGAUCGCGAUAGAGAAAGGGAUAAAGAAAGGGACAGAGACAGGGAUCGGGACAAAGAUAAGGAGAGACAUAGGCGGAAAAGAUCGAGAGAUCGGUCGCGAGACAGGGAAAGAAGACGUUAUUCUCCUGAAAGGGAUGAUCACAGGAAAUAUUCUCGUUCAAGAUCUAGAUCUCUGUCUCCAGUGGAUAGAAGACGAAAAAAUAAAGUACCAGACCGGCCUUUGAUAACCGCAGCCGAUCUGGAAGGAAAGAGUGCAGAGGAGCAAGAAAUGAUGAAAUUAAUGGGCUUUUGUAAUUUUGACACAACAAAAGGUAAAAAAGUAAAUGGAAAUGAUGUGGGUGACGUACAUGUGAUCCUCAAAAGAAAGUAUAGGCAAUACAUGAAUAGGAAAGGUGGUUUUAAUAGACCUCUGGACUUUGUAGCGUAA